CCUCCUACAGAAUAUUCUGUUAGGUUGCGCCCGGUGAGUUUUAUAGCAACUGUUGCCCGGUGAGGCAGCGCCAUAGUCACCGUAGUCCUGGCGACUGUAACCCACCAACAACAACAACCUUUCGUUCCAUCAUUGCCACCUCCACCAUCCUCACUUCAUCCUCAUCAACCAGUCCUCAGCCCAGGCGCCAUGCAGACCCCUGAGGCAGGCGCUGACUCCGCCUCCACUGUCCCUCUCCAGAACGCCGUGCCUGUGCAGCCCGCAGGCUCCGCCCAGCAGGUGACCUCUCAGGUGCCUGUCCAGCAGCAGACCCAGACUGUUCAACAGGUUCAGCAUGUAUACCCAGCACAGGUGCAGUAUGUGGAGGAGAACAGUGGCGUCUACACCAACGGAACCAUACGGACGUACUCGUACUCCGAGCCCCAGGUGUACAGCCAGAACAGUGGAGGGAGCUACUUUGACACGCAGGGCAGCUCGUCUGAGGUGUCUACAGUGGUGUCGUCCCAUGGCAUGGCCAACAAUGGAGGGGGGAACGGGGGUCUGACCAUGGGUCUGGCCGGGGGGCAGAUCAUCAGCAGCUCUGGAGCCUACCUCAUCGGGGGCAACUCCAUGGACAACUCUGCCCCCCACCCAGCCACCCAGACUACCCGAGCCUCCCCGUCCACUGUGAGUAUUGAAAUGGCGAUUGAGACGCUCCAAAAGACUGAAGGUUUAUCCAGUCAGAGAAGCUCGCUGCUCAACAGCCAUCUGCAAUGGCUACUGGAUAACUAUGAGACUGCGGAGGGGGUGAGUCUGCCUCGCUCCACCCUCUACAACCACUACUUGCGCCACUGCCAGGAGCAGAAAUUGGACCCGGUCAACGCCGCUUCAUUCGGCAAGCUCAUCCGCUCCAUCUUCAUGGGGCUACGCACGCGACGCCUCGGCACAAGAGGGAACUCAAAGUACCACUACUAUGGGAUCCGGCUGAAGCCGGACUCUCCUCUCAACAGACUGCAGGAGGACAUGCAGUACAUGGCCCUCAGACAGCAGCCUGUCCAACAGAAACAGAGGUUUAAGCCGGUGCAGAAGGUUGAUGGUGUGUCUGGGGAGAACUUCUCAGGCGGUGGCCAGCACACCCCCAGUGCAGCGGAGCAGACCGUCAUUGCACAGAGCCAGCACCACCAGCAGUACCUGGACGCAUCCCGGGCGCUGCCAGACUUUGUGGAGCUGGACCUGGGAGAGACCAACGUGGAGAACAUCGGCCCAGACGACAUCAAAGCUCUCCAGUCAUUAUACAGAGAGCACUGUGAGGCCAUUCUGGAUGUGGUGGUGAACCUCCAGUUCAGUCUAAUAGAGAAGCUGUGGCAGACAUUCUGGCGCUAUUCCCCCUCUGACUUAGUGGAGGGCACCACCAUCACAGAAAACAGUGGUAUGAGUGAGAUUGAGGGCCGUUUGCCCUGCUCCAGGCUGGUGGUGCUCUGUAGGAACGAGGCUGUGCUCAAGUGGAUGAGUUCCUGUGACCACCUGAUGUACCAGGCCCUAGUGGAGAUCCUCAUCCCUGAUGUCCUCAGACCCAUCCCCAGUGCCUUGACUCAAGCCAUCCGCAACUUUGCCAAAAGCCUGGAAGGCUGGCUCAACAAUGCCAUGAACGUCAUUCCACAGAGAAUGAUCCAGACAAAGGUUGCCGCUGUUAGUGCCUUUUCUCAGACGAUGCGUCGUUACACUAGUCUGAACCAUCUGGCCCAGGCAGCCCGCGCCGUGUUGCAGAACACCUCCCAGAUCAAUCAGAUGCUCAGCGACCUCAACCGCGUCGACUUCGCCAACGUGCAGGAGCAGGCGUCGUGGGUGUGUCAGUGUGAGGAGGGUGUGGUUCAGAGGUUAGAGCAGGACUUCAAGGCCACCCUGCAGCAGCAGAGCUCUCUGGAGCAGUGGGCUGCCUGGCUGGACAACGUGGUCACCCAGGUCCUACAGCCCUUCGAGGACAGGCCCAGCUUCCCCAGGGCUGCGCGGCAGUUCCUACUCAAGUGGUCCUUCUACAGCUCCAUGGUGAUUCGAGACCUGACUUUGCGCAGCGCGGCCAGUUUCGGCUCGUUCCACCUGAUCCGCCUGCUCUACGACGAGUACAUGUUCUACCUGGUGGAACACCGCGUCGCCCAGGCAACCGGCGAGACGCCCAUCGGUGUCAUGGGAGAAUUCGAUGACCUCAACGCCAUGUCGCCUGCUUACAUGGACAAAGACGAGGUGAGUGAGAUGGACAGUGACCUGGAGGAGGACAUGGAGGAGUCUGGGGAGCCGUUGGCCAAGCGGGAGAAGGCUGAGUUGCAGCAUGAGCACCAGGUGAUCCAGGUGAUUCAGGUGGGGGCUCUGGAGGACGGCUGUAACCCCGUGGUGGGGGUGGUGCAGCCGGGUAUCCUGCACUCCCUGCCCCAGCCCCCCCAGGACCACGCUGAGCACAUCCUCACCCCUUCUGCCGCCACCCCCACCAUCCGCCACUGCAGCGCCACCGGCAACACCUACGCCUCCGUCUGAAGAGAGAGACGCCCACAAACCACUCUUCUCUUGAUCUGUCUGUCUCUCCCUCUCUAUUUCAAUGGGUCACGCUGUCUCACACACACGUCUGCACUAUUUCCCUCUGUCAUGUGCUGUGUUUUCUCUGCUCUCCUCCACCCCCAGGCCACUAGAGGACGAUGAAAAUCACCAUGACCACAGCCACUGGCGUCACACAAACCGUGGAUAGAUUAAGAGAGCUGGAUGUGAAUAGGAAUGUGGGCGGGCCGCCUCUGUCUGCUGUCAUCCCAUAUUUCUGUCCUCUGUGAGGGGAUGCUGGGUGAGGGAGGAGGAUUGGAGGGAGGGGGGGGGGGUGACCCAUGAGAUGCUGCCAGAUGUGAGACACUGACUGACCCCUAGCUGUGUAGAGGGGAGGGUAUAUAUUCAAAGCUCAAAUCCAAGCCACCAGCCCCAGAUGAGCGAUGUGAUUGAUUGAUAAGAGUACUCUUGGUUCACUCUUAGAUCGGGUUGUUUCGUAUAUAGUGCAUAUAUAAUAAACAAAACAGAGGUGCUGUUCUCUCACAUUAGCAGAUAUUCCUCCCAAUCAUGAGGUGAUAUACGUUCUUACAGAGAAAGCAUUGACACAUUCCAGUUAAGGACAGAAUUGAGUUGAACAAUGAGAUUUUUGUUGUUGUUGACUUUUUUGUGAAUUUCAAACCUUUGUUUAGAUAUGACAUUCGGUGAUGUAUGAUUGCUUGUGAUGUGGCAGCAGUUUUGCGUUCUAUGAUUUAUUGAAUAGUGUAUAAUCGUAGCCAUGAUCCCCUGAUAACCCCUAAUGGCUUCUAGCCGUGAAGUUUGUUCUGCCCAUGAAGAAAGACGUACUCUUAUGCGUGCUGCUACUCUAUAGAAACACGAGGCGAGACAGACAGACGGACUGGAUGUACUAUACCACUACAACACUAGCUUUUCUACGCACUUCAUGCAUCGUAUGGGAUGCUCUUGACUUAUUGCCUUGGUUUGGUUGGAUUUAGAUCCUGGAUAGUGUGAUAAAAAUGUAAUUAGUUAAGACUGGUAUAAUCUACCGACAUGUUCUCAGUGUGUGUGUUUGUAGUUUCUAUCUUGGUAGAUGUCUUAAGUUGUGAAUGGACCAAAAAAACAAACCAACCAGAGGAAACUGGCAGAGAGUGAGAGCCAUCAUGGCCGCCACAGUGGUCCCGGCGAGGCUGCUGCGUGUCCCGUUUUCCUGUCCCAACAGUGCUGUGGGUGGUGUUGCAGAGCAGACUGAAUGUCAGGGAUUCUAUGUACCUCGGCUUCAUCCUAGUGCCUUAAUAACCCUUACUGCAGCUGUCCAUGUAGUCCUGACUGAUUAUGUGGUUGUGGGGAGGGAUAGUACAUUCUGCGUUACUGUCCCAGCCACAGCUUUGGCCCUCUCUCUGGUGACUUGUGGCUGGAUUUGGGCUGGCUCGUUGGUGUUACUGAAGGCUGGGGGGGUGCAGGUUCAGAGGUGCUUGUAGUUUUCUCUGGAUUGUGCCGGUUCUAUCACUUUUUGUGUGUUUGUUCGGUUUCCCACUGAUGUGGGUGUGUUGCCUCGUUGUGGGUGUGUUGCCCCUGCUUUGGCAUGUGCAAUCGGGUGAAGCGUGCGCGUGUGCCGACGUGAGCGCUCGACCUGAUGGAGAGGAUGGUUGCGCGUACCGUUGUGGUUGUCGUGGAUGAAUGAGUCCGAGCGUGGGUUUUGCGCACACCCACUAGUCACCCUACCUCACACCAGCGGUGCCAGCCUUUUAACACAUGCAGCACGUCACACACAUAUGUUCUCACACACAUAUGUAUCCUUACUACUCCCACGACACACCACAAUAACACUAUAUGCCUCUCACACUACACAGCUAAAAAUACACAUUGUCAUUUUAGCCCAUUCAGUCCUCAGUCCACAUCAUCAUCUCUUGUUCUAUCGGUUGUAAAGUGCAUUUUUGUAUAGUGGACCAAAAGUAGAUAUUUUCUGAUAUUUAAAGAUAUAUAUAUAUAUAUAUAUAUAGAUAGAUAGAUAUAUAUAAGGAUGAUACAAUACGUAUGUAUUCAUCUUUAUUUGUUUUGUUUUUCAUGUGGUUGAUCUGUCAUCCGUGGUUGUUUUGUUGGUAGCUAGCUCUUCUGUGAUUGGUCGAUUGACUGUGAAAUGGGCGGGGGCAUGGGGACCAGCUUCUGACGACACUGGAUACACAUUUUGUACUUGAACUGUUAUUGAUCGCUUUUAGGAAAUGGACAACACACUGGCAAAAGGUGUUGAACUGGAAGAAUCUUGUUGAUACUACUGAAAUUACUUUUCUGUUUUUUGUUUAACUCUCAUAUCUGGAGAACUGUAUGCACCAAUGCUUUGCCUAGACUUUAUUUAUUGGUAUUUAUUGUGCUUUUGUUUUACUAUUUGAGAAGUUA